AGGAGAAUCGAGGGGAGUUGAGGAGAGUCGAGGAGAAGCGCCGGGAUGGCGGCCGCUGCCGCGGACAGCAACAGCAUUACCAGCCGCCUCAGGAACCUACUGCGCUCUCCCUCCGCCCUCGGCCUCAGGAGGUCGCGGCCGGUCGCCAGGGACGUCGCCGAGCGGAUUACACUGGACAAAGUCCUUGGGAUUACAGCAUCCAACAGCAGUAGUUUAGCCUGUGAUUUGACCACAGGGCUAGUGGCCUAUCCGGCAGGGUGCGUGGUGGUGCUCUGCAACCCAAAGAAGAAUAAGCAGAGUCAUAUUCUCAAUGCCUCAAGGAAAGCAAUCUGUUCUUUGGCAUUCUCACCAGAUGGAAAAUUCUUAGUUACGGGGGAGAGUGGACACUUGCCUGCAGUGCGGGUCUGGGAUGUGGCUGAGAAGACUCAAGUGGCUGAACUGCAGUGCCACAAAUAUGGAGUAUCGUGUGUGGCUUUUUCACCCAACAUGAAGUAUAUUGUAUCAGUAGGCUACCAGCAUGACAAGCUUGUGAAUGUCUGGGAUUGGAAGAAAAACUCCAUUGUAGCAUCUAAUAAAAUUUCUAGUAAAGUGACGACUGUUUCGUUUUCUGAAGACAGCAGUUACUUUGUCACAGCUGGCAACCGACAUGUUAAGUUCUGGUACCUGAAUGACUCUAAAACCUGCAAGGCAAAUAUUACAGUUCCCUUAACAGGACGAUCUGGAUUACUGGGUGAGCUCCAUAAUAACUUUUUCACUGGAGUGGCAUGUGGUAAAGGGAAAAUGGCCAAAAGCACCUUUUGCAUCACCAGUUCUGGUCUUCUCUGCCAGUUCAAUGGGAAAAAAGUACUGGAUAAAUGGUUGAAUUUAGAGACCUCUGCAGCAAAUUGUAUCGCCGCAUCCCAGGAUUUCAUCUUUUGUGGUUGUUCCAAUGGAACAUUGAAAUUAUUUAACCCUACAAACCUCCAUUUUAUCAUCAAUCUGCCCAAACCUCAUUGUCUGGGAGUCAAUGUGGCAGCAGGAAUUGAACCAAGCCGUUUAUUCACUAAGAAUUCAGCUGCUAUGUAUCCUGAUAUUAUUGGUAUGGCCUUCGACGCUUCCAAUCGAUGGUUGUCAUGUGUGUACAAUGAUCAUAGCCUCUACGUGUGGGAUACAAAAGACAUUAAGAAAAUUGGGAAGGUUUACUCAUCGUUGUAUCAUAGUUCCAGCAUAUGGAAUGUAGAGGUUUAUCCAGAGUUGGAAGAUAAUAACCUGUCUUGUCUGCCACCUUCAUCUUUUCUAACUUGUUCAUCAGACAAUACUAUACGAUUGUGGAAUUCUGGUGGUACUUCUGAAUUUCAAUUCGCUUCAUUCCGUCGUAAUAUUUAUAGCACAGAUUUAAUCAAAAUUGUGUAUGUGGACGGCAAUAUUCAGCACCUCCAAGACACAACAACCAAUCCUGACCGAACGGAAAAUGGAGGAACGUCUGAGACAAAAUCAGGAAUUCGGGUCAUAACCAUCAGCCCUGAUGGGCAGCAUCUGGCUUCUGGAGAUAGGAUGGGGACCCUGAGAAUUUUUGACCUGCAGUUCCUGGAUGAAAUAAUGAAAGUUGAGGCUCACGAUUCUGAAAUUUUGUGUCUUGAGUACUCUAAACCUGAAACUGGAAUGAAGUUGUUGGCAACAGCAAGCAGAGACCGUCUAAUUCAUAUAUUAAAAGUGGACAAACAGUAUAGCCUGGCACAGACACUAGAUGACCAUUCCUCCUCUAUUACUGCUGUGAAAUUUGCAGCUUGCAAUGAUGUUGUCAAAAUGGUUAGUUGUGGAGCUGAUAAAAGUAUCUACUUUCGUACUGCACAUAAGUCUGUCGAUGAAGUUCAGUUCUCAAGAACUCAUCAUGUUGUUGGAAAGACCACCCUGUAUGACAUGGAUGUUGAUAUCACACGAAAAUAUGCAGCUAUCUGCUGCCAGGAUAGAAAUAUUAGAGUAUUUAACAUUAACAGUGGGAAGCAACAAAAAUGUUUCAAAGGAUCACAGAGUGAAGAUGGGAUUCUCCUCAAAGUUCAGAUGGAUCCUUCCGGAACAUUUGUGGCCACUAGUUGUUCUGACAAGACUAUUUCUAUCUUUGACUUCUACACUGGAGAAUGUGUAGCCAGCAUGUUUGGACAUUCGGAAAUUGUAACUGGAAUGAAAUUUACGCACGACUGCAAAUAUCUAAUAACAGUAUCGGGAGACAGUUGCAUUUUCAUAUGGCGCUUGGACCCUCAGUUGACUGCAUGCAUGAGACAUCGUCUCUCAGAAAUUAAACAAAUCGCUAAAAAAGAUAAGACAUGUGGAACCAAGGCUUCAGCACCAAUUAGGAGAGAAACCUUUGUGGUGAAAACGUUAACUUCAGAUGGUCAGGAAGAUGAUCAAGAGGAGGAAAUAAGUGGGGAAGAUGGAGAUGAUGGGUCAUUCCAAACUCCUGUGAAAGAUCACAUGGACAGAGGUAAGGCUGAAGAUGUUGCAUUCCUGCUGACUAAUGGGAGGCUUCCAAUGUGGGCAAAGAGACUGGAGGCAGGUGAUAACAGUGUGCAGGAUGGAGUAAGAGAUAACACUGAGAAAUUUCAUCCACGAGGAAGGUGGGCUGAAAGGGUGGACAAAGAUCUUAUUCACUCCAUUCUGGGUAUGAGGCAGCUGGAGGAGUACUGUGCGACCCCAACCCCAGGCAGAAUGUCGGUUGCACCGGGAAAGCCUAACAACUGCUUGGUGACGCAGGACAAUUUUGAACCACGUAACUUCGAUAACUUUUUCAAGAUGAUGGAAUUUUCCCCUAGUCUUCUAUCAAGAAAUUCUAUGGGAAGGCCAAGUUCAAUUUGUCCAGAGGAUACUGAUAAUACCCUUUCACAGAAGAUGGAUGUGGCAGAAACUGAACCAACCAUGCAAACCUGUUAUCCUUUGCCUAAUGAUGAUAAUUCUACCAGUAUGGAGAAUGAUUAUCAAGUAAAAAACCCACCAAAAAAACUACAAGAAAGUGACUCCGAGUGGCCAGUUGUGCAUUCAGUGGAGAACAGUCCUGACAGUGCCUACUCAAUGGAUUCGGGAAGUAACCACACCACCAGCCAUGAACAACAACAGGAUGAUUCUGACUCCGUGGGCCAACUAAGUUCUGAUGGCCAUUCUUCAGGAUUAGAGGAGGACGAGGAACAGUGCAGCACAAUACCGCAGCAAUUACAUGCAGCAAAAACUCCAGAUCAAGAAACAUUCCUCAAACACAACUUUGAAGCUCUAGCUAAUGACUUUUCUCAUGAGAAAUUUGACAACUCUUUGAAAGAUGUUCAGCGAAAUGCAGAAAAUGAGAAUAACUUCUUCCUUAAUCCUCGUUUAAGUAUUUCUGCUCGAUUUCUGUCCCGCUGCCAGAAAAGCAGUAGGAUAGCAACAGCUUUCCCUGCCAACUUCCACCAGUAUAGCAAACAUUUGCAAGAAGCAACUUUCAAGCCUUUGCAGUUAUGUGCUGAAGAGAAUCCUUCUGUACAAGUUACUGGAUCCGAUGUGCAGUUGUCUUUCAAUGGGACAGAAAUUCAUGACAGUGGAGAGAGGAAUAGUGUUGAGAAAGUGAUCAGUGGGAAUGAAGGUGGUACAGAAUCAAUGUGUGCAAGUGCUGAGAUGCCCCUUGCAGUGCCUGUGAAGAAAGAUAUUACAAAUCAUGAAAGAAGUCCAAUGGGUAGAAGAUCAGCCUCGGUCAAGGACUUGAUACGAACAGAAGAACAGCCAUUGUCACCUUCAUUCAUAACAGCUUCUCAAUCAAACAAACAUGAAAUGCAAGUGAACGAGGAGGCAGGUGCCAGAUUGUCGCUGAAUGGCAAAAUAAAUCUGUUUGGCGAUUCCCUUGCAUCCAAGAACAAAUCUGGCAGAGCCAGGUCCUACAUGUAUCCAACUGCCAGCUUCAGAGCUAAGAUGUCUCGUAGUGUAUCUGUGGGAGAGAACCUGAAUCUGAAAACCUCAGGACAGUCGAGUGGUAUGAGUUUGCCCAAUUCCAAAGCAUCAUCCACUAUAGAUUUGACAACCGAGGCAGUGAUGGGAUCCAUUCCAAGUGAAGUUGGUUCAAUUGAAGAGUCUAAAGAAAUAACGUUGUCAAAACAAAUAUCGCAAAGUGGUACUUUAUCUUAUGGGAACCACCAAGCUAGAGCUAACUUGACCCUGAACCUUUCUAAAACUCAUACGGACAAGUUGUUGAUGCCUCCUCCAAUAGCUAAUGGUGUUGCAGUUUCAAAGGUUAAACAAAAGCUACGAGCUGCUCAAGAUUCCGCGCGCUUGUCAUCCGCUGCAGUUGCACCAUUGCAACCAGCGUGUUUAUCUAAAAAGUAUCAAGGUCCCCGUGACCAUGAGGAAAACGUGACCAGUCCGAGCGUGAAUUCAUUGGAAAUCCGAAAGCGAAAAAGUGAAAGUUCGGAGCAGUGCAACAGUUCAGGGGAUGCAGCAGAGCACACUUUGGAUGGAUGUCAGUCGUUGGAUUCAUUCACCAUUGCAGCACAACUUAACUGUGUCAGUCCUAACAGAGAUAGAAUGAGUGGUAAUUCCAUGACGAUCUCGGAAGGAAACAGUUUCAUGGUGGAAGUCCCCAACUCACCUGGAGAAACUCCAGAGGUUGAAGAGGAGACAAACAGUGAAGCAGAUCUUCCAGUCAGUAUCGAGAACUGUGAAUAUAUCGUAAAGGAACUUCAGAACACAUUGCAGAAGGCCGUACAGAUGUAUAGCAAGGUGACAUCCAGUGACACUGAACCGGAAGUGAAGUCCCAGAUGACAACUAUCCUGUGUGAUUCAUUUUGCUCUGUCAGGAAGCACUUGAACUCUGUAGCAUGUUUGCCAAUUUCAGAUGCUGUGGCAAACAAGUCGCCUUUCCCUUCAGAAUCUCCGGAUAAGAGCAGGACGACAGUUCUGCUUGAGCACUAUUCGGAACUGUUGAUAGAAAUGGUAACACAGAAACUGCAAUUACAGAAUUAAAAGGCACUUCUGAAAGCACAGAUGUUAAACGUGGCCUGGUCCUUGGAGGAUUGUACAGCGCUCCAGUAAAGAAAUGAAAUUCCUCAUCAAUUCAUAGUUUGCUGUUAUAUUUAUAAGCUAGAUAUUCUUUCCAGAAUCCGUUGUGCUAUUCGGAAUCGAUCCCUAAUUCUUAACCCUUCGUUGCCACGAAUAUAACAAACAGAAAACGUUUUAUAUUUUCAAGUAAUUCAGGAUUCUACCUGUCUCUCCUCCCCACACUCCUAGGCAAAAAAAAUUAAUAAUUACGUCACCUAUACUGAGAAAUAGGCUUGUAACUUUUUUAAAGUUCUCAAUGAGAAAACUAACUUUGCUCUUUAUUUGUUAUUUGUUUUGGAAAAUGUGCAGUAUUAAUUUGUGAAAUAGUCGCAAACCUGCAAAAUAUACAAAAGAUACAGCUAGCUCUAUUGUGGUUGGAGUUAAACUUGUCUCAAACUGCAACUUACCUCUAAUUCUCCAUAUGUUUUAAUAUAAUUAUCCAAUAAUUUCAAUUGAUUAUGCACUAUUAUAAAGUGGUUUGGAAAAAAAACCCAAUAUUUUUUUAAAAAUUGGAUUGAGACGAAUAGGUCAUAUUUCACAUCCCAGAUACAGUAUAGAGUACAGCUUGUUGCAUCUGACCAGUUGCAAUAACAGCAUUAUGGUACAUCAAAAAUAAUUUACAAGCUGGCUAACUGAAUUGUGUAUUUCAAUUUUGUCUCUUGAAGGGAAAUUUUUAAUUUUUAUUUUUUGAUCUGGCCCAAGGAAUUGUCAACUCAAGCUGGUUUCUUGCAUCCUUGUUGUUUUACAAAUAUAUAUAUGUAUUUUCAUGUAACUAUUUUUAGAGCAGGUUUGAAAUUUUAAAAAGUAGCUACAAUUGUGAAAUCUGUCCGAAUUGUAAAAUAAUGGGGUGGGGAGAGAAAAUGGUAUUUGUCUUAAUCAGGAUUCUGAUAGGCUUUUUCUUAAAAUUGCAUGAGUAUUUUAAAAUGCUAUAUGAUCCAUGUGGAUACAUUUGCUUUUCAUGCUACUGUACAUAUACCUGUCUAAAGUUAGUUUAUACAAUGCAAUAAUGUGUUAAAAUAGGCACAACCUGUUUUGAAAUUGCAUUAUUUUAGGAUUUCUUUUGUUGUAAAUGCUUUUCUAGUUUGUGUGGAGAUUUUUGUGAAUCUCUUGCCUGGAAUCUUUUGAAAUAAACACUGUUUCAUAUCAAAUUUGGAGGUGAGGUGAAGCAUUUUUAAUAUACUA